GGUGGCACUUUUGGAGGCCGUGGGGGCUACGGAGGCUACGGGGGCUAUGGGGGUUAUGGUAUGGGGGGUUGGGGCUAUGGAGGCCUUGGGGGCUAUGGGGGUUAUGGCUAUGGAGGCCUUGGGGGCUGGGGAGGCUAUGGGGGCUAUGGCAGCUGUGGGUACGGGGGCUGGCGCCGUGGCCACAGGUACCUGAGUGGCAACUGCGGGCCCUGCUAAGCCCCAGCCCGAGCCCAGCCACGGAGCCAGGAGAGCUCCAGAAGAGCCACUGGCACAUCCCGACACGACCUUCUGUGGAGAAACAGCCCUUCAGCAUCUCUGGCUCCAGAGCCUGGACGCCUCGUGCCUGCCUGGGAACCAGCUCUGCCUUCCUGCUGCCCCCCCUGAGCCCUCCCAGAGCCUCGCUGGCCCUGCUGACAGACACUCGCUCUGGCUCCUGCUCCUGUGCCUGGCUGGGGCUCCUCGGAGCUCUGCCCGCUGCCAGGAGACGGGGCUGCCCUUGCCCAGGGCCCUGCUCU